AUGACGCAGUCUAUAAGUCGCGUCGGCAUUGCCGUGAAGCCAAAAGCAGUGUUCGGCAAUUCGCCGAAAAUGCAUCGGAAGCCUUUCGGUGUUGCCACUUACCUCUGGCAGCGUCCAGCCAGCACUCGGCUCAGUCCAACAUUUGCCGGCACAAUCAGUCGCAGAGAGUUCGGGAGCACCUUUCAGUUCAGGGUUGCCGGCAGCGGUGUAGAAAGAAAGAAUGUGGAGAGCGUUCGGUAUCUAGUCCGGCAACGCUGUUAA